GGCGGAUCACGAGGUCAGGAAAUCGAGACCAUCCUGGCUAACACGGUGAAACCCCGUCUCUACUAAAAAUACAAAAAAAUUAGCUGGGCGUGGUGGCGGGCUCCUGUAGUCCCAGCUACUGGGGAGGCUGAGGCAGGAGAAUGGAGUGAACCAGGGAGGCGGAGCUUGCAGUGAGCCGAGAUCGCGCCACUGCACUCCAGCCUGGGCGACAGAGCGAGACUCCAUCUCAAAAACAAAAAACAAAAAAAAAAACAGACAAUGUCCUGUGGAAUUUAGGAGGAUAACUAAUUUUUUAGGGCAUCCAGAAGCAAAGGGUGUUGCCUGAAAAUCUUAGUGCUAGGACAGCUUGGGAGGAGUUCUUUACUUUUUGUUCCUCUACCACCUCGCUCUAAAUCACUGGCAGUGUGAUCUUAGACAACUCAUGAAACCUCUCUAGGCAUCAGUUUCCCACUGCGAAAUGAGGAUAAUAGCAGGGCCUACCCUGUGAGGCUUGGGAUGAGAAGUGAGUUAAUACCUGAAUGUUACCUAUUUGCCAUAGUUUUGCAGCACUGAUUUUGUAUAUAUUUCAUGGAUCUUCUUUGAACUCAAGGUUACUGCUGCUCAUGUAAUACCAAAAUCUGGUGAAGGAAGUUAAAUACCAAGGAAUAAGGUUUUGUCAGCUAGGGUUGCUUUGGAGGGUCACAAACCGUUGUAAUAUCUAAGACUUUUUUUUUUGUUUUUGUUUUGUUUUGUUUUGCCUCCAAGAACUAAUUUUUGUCCCCUUGGGGGCAGUAUCACCCCCAGUGAGAAUGUGUGAUCUACAUGGUAUUUUUUCUUUUGUUUUCUUUUCUUUUCCUUUUUUUUUUUUUUUCUUUGACAGGGUCUCACUCUGUUGCCCAGGCUGGAGUGCAAUGGCGUGAUUUCAGCACAUUGCAACCUCCGCCUCCUGGGUUCAAGUGACUCUCCUGCCUCAGCCUGCCAAGUAGCCAGGACUACAGGUGUGCACCACCAUGCCCGGCUAAUUUUGUUUAUUUUUUGUAGAAACAAGGUCUCACUAUGUUGCUCAGGCUGGCCUCGAACUCCUGGACUCAAGCAAUCCUCCUGCCUUGGCCUCCCAAAGUACUGGGAUGACAGGACGAAGUUCCGGAAAUGGAAUUACCGAGUCAGAUGAGAAACACAAGUCAUCAAUGAAUUAACAAGCAACACAUUGUCACAUCCAGCUGUUGAAGAGUGGUUAACUCAGCUUGAUCUCCGAAGACUCUUCUGCACCCCACCCCGCCCCCAACUGCUUUCCAAAGAGAAACAGAAAAUGAUUGAGUCCCAGGAACCAGUGACAUUUGAGGAUGUGGCUGUGGACUUCACCCAGGAAGAGUGGCAGCAGUUGAAUCCUGCUCAGAAGACCCUGCAUAGGGAUGUGAUGCUGGAGACCUAUAAUCACCUGGUCUCUGUGGGGUGUUCAGAUAUAAAACCAGAUGUAAUCUUUAAGGUGGAACAUGGAAAGGACCCAUGGAUCAUAGAGAGUGAGUUGUCAAGGUGGAUCUACCCAGACAGAGUGAAAGGCCUUGAAUCUUCCCAGCAGAUCAUUUCUGGAGAACUUUUAUUUCAAAGGGAGAUACUAGAAAGAGCCCCAAAGGAUAAUUCAUUGUACUCUGUUUUAAAAAUCUGGCAUAUUGAUAAUCAGAUGGAUAGAUAUCAAGGAAAUCAAGACAGAGUUUUGAGGCAGGUCACAGUCAUCAGUCGUGAAACAUUGACUGAUGAGAUGGGUUCCAAGUACAGUGCAUUUGGGAAAAUGUUCAAUCGGUGCACAGACCUUGCUCCUUUAAGUCAAAAAUUCCAUAAGUUUGAUUCAUGUGAAAAUAGCUUGAAGUCUAAUUCAGACUUACUAAAUUAUAACAGGAGCUAUGCAAGAAAGAACCCCACUAAGAGAUUUAGAUGUGGGAGACCACCUAAGUAUAAUGCUUCCUGUUCUGUGCUUGAGAAGGAAGGCUUCAUUCAUACUGGAAUGGAGCCCUAUGGAGAUAGUCAAUGUGAAAAAGUUCUCAGUCAUAAGCAAGCCCAUGUUCAGUAUAAGAAAUUUCAAGCCAGAGAGAAACCCAAUGUUUGUAGUAUGUGUGGGAAAGCCUUUAUCAAGAAGUCACAGCUCAUUAUACAUCAAAGAAUUCAUACUGGAGAGAAACCAUAUGUAUGUGGAGAUUGUAGGAAAGCCUUCAGUGAGAAAUCACACCUCAUUGUGCAUCAGAGGAUUCAUACUGGGGAUAAACCCUAUGAAUGUACUAAGUGUGGAAGAGCAUUCUCCCAGAAGUCACCUUUCACUGUUCAUCAGAGAGUCCAUACUGGAGAGAAACCCUAUGAGUGUUUUGAGUGUCCAAAAGCUUUCUCCCAGAAGUCACAUCUAAUUAUACAUCAGAGAGUUCAUACCAGAGAGAAGCCCUUUGAAUGCAGUGAAUGCAGGAAAGCCUUCUGUGAGAUGUCUCACCUUUUUAUACACCAGAUAACUCAUACUGGGAAGAAGCCCUAUGAGUGUACUGAAUGUGGGAAGACCUUCCCUCGGAAAACACAGCUCAUUAUACAUCAGAGAACGCAUACUGGAGAGAAGCCCUAUAAGUGUGGUGAAUGUGGGAAAACUUUCUGCCAACAGUCCCACCUCAUAGGACAUCAAAGAAUUCAUACAGGAGAAAAACCUUAUGUGUGUACUGACUGUGGGAAGGCCUUUUCCCAGAAGUCACACCUCACUGGCCAUCAAAGACUUCAUACUGGAGAGAAACCUUAUAUGUGUACUGAAUGUGGAAAAUCCUUCUCUCAGAAAUCACCUCUUAUCAUACACCAGAGAAUUCAUACAGGGGAGAAACCUUAUCAAUGUGGUGAAUGUGGCAAAACCUUCUCCCAGAAAUCACCCCUCAUUAUUCAUCAGAGAGUUCACACAGGGGAGAAACCCUAUGAGUGUACUGAGUGUGGGAGGGCCUUUUCCCUGAAGUCACAUCUCAUUCUACAUCAGAGAGAUCAUACUGGAGAGAAACCCUAUGAAUGUAGUGAAUGUGGAAAGGCCUUCUGUGGAAAGUCUCCACUCAUUAUACAUCUGAAAACUCAUCCUAGGGAGAAAACCCCUGAAUGUGCUGAGUCUGGAAUGACUUUUUUCUGGAAAUCACAGAUGAUUACAUAUCAGAGAAGACACACUGGGGAGAAACCCUCCAGAUGCAGUGACUGUGGGAAGGCCUUCUGCCAGCAUGUAUACUUUACUGGGCAUCAGAAUCCAUAUAGGAAAGACACCUUGUAUGUGUGCUGAUUGUGGGAAGGCCUAUUCCCAGAAGUCAGUCCUCAUUGUCUAUGGGAAAACUCACAUUGAAUAGAAAUAGUGACAACUUCUCAACUGUAGAAUAGACUCAUAUGUUCCUCAGUAUACAUGAUUACCCUUCCACAGAAUGAUCUGCUUAGGCCCUCAGAAUAUUUUCAACACCACAAAUAUGGAAUUGAUUUGCUCACCCUCAAACUGUCUCAGCCCCCUUCACAGAAUAAAUGUAUCUGGAAAAAUUA